UUGUCUUUGUAACAUUUGCGAAACGUGGCGUCCAUUUUCCUCAAUAUAGGAAAAGGAAGGUAUUGGAGCUACUGUUUGAAGCUUAGUAACUCGGAAUGGGUUCCACAAAGAAACAUAAACACAGUGAAUCAAAGAAAAAGAAACAUCGUAGUAGAUCACGAAGUCCCGAGAGGAAAGAAAGGCAUCGCCAUCACAAGAAACAUCACAAGGAGAAAAAGAAAGACAAACUAACUUCGAAAGAAAGAAAUGGAGAAUAUGCGCCGAAGCACGACAGCUACGAAAGCGAAGAUGAUGAUGUUGUGGUUGUACCACCCCCUCCAAAAAUCUCGGCAAGACCUUCACCACCACCACCGCCAUCAAUAUCGUUAUCAAAGAGCAAAGAAAAUGAUGCUGCUGCUGCUGCUUCUACUAAUGCCGCCACUGCCACUGCUACUCCUGCAACUGACACUCAGUCCUACCAGUCAUUAUCAAUCGAAGAGACAAAUAGAUUGCGAGCACGACUGGGGUUGAAACCAUUGGCAGUAGAACCUGCUGCCCCAACGGCCGAACAGAAAGAAAAAAUGAAAGAGAGAGAGGAAUCGGGAGCAACACUUGGUGGAACAGACAUGGGGGAGUUUGUUCAUAAGCCUGCAGAAAGCAUAACAGAGAAGGUGAAAACUGAAAAAGUCAGACAGAAGGUGCAGGAACACAGGGAAAGGAGGCUCUUAGAAUCAAAGAUGCUGAAAGUAAAACCCUUAGGAGAGUCUGAUGAUGAAGAAUACAGUGAUGUGGCAGCUUGGGUGCAGAAGAACAGAAAACUACAACAAGAAAAGGAAAAAGCAGAGAAACAGGCAAAAAUGCUGGAAGAGCUUGAUGCUGAGUUUGGAGUUGGAGACUUGGUGGAAGAUGAGAUAAGAAAUGAAAAGCGAGAAGCCUAUACAUCAAAGGAUCUUCAAGGACUUCGUGUUGAACAUGCUGUUGACCGGUUUAUGGAAGAGAGAGAGGUUAUUCUGACACUUAAAGACAAGGAUGUGUUGGAUGAGGAAGACGAUGUUUUAGUGAAUGUGAAUCUCAUGGAUGAGGAACGCUAUGAGAAGAAUGUUGAAAAUAAGAAACUAAAACCAAAUUCGAGAGGCUAUAAUGUUUACGAAGACGAAGGUUUUGAUGAAUUUGGAAAUUAUAGGAGAAAAGAAAUCCUAAGUAAAUAUGACGAGGAAAUCAAGGGUGCAACGAAACAAAGUUUUGCAAUAGGAGAAGAUGUGACUGCAGAAAAACAAAAGCAAGCCUUAGAGGCAGUGCGUAAUCGCCUGCAAAAGAAAAGAGUGGAAUCCCUUGUCCUUCCUGCACCACAGCUUGCAUCGGAGUACUAUACUGCAGAAGAAGUAGAAGUAAAGUUCAAAAAACCCAAAAAGAAGGUUCGAAAAAUUCGCAAGAAGCCUCUGAAAGCAGAGGAGUUAGCUAAUCAGGUACCCAGCACAUGGGACUUCGCUACAAGAUCUAUUAAACGGGAAGAAGGUAGUGAUGCAGAUGAGUGUGUUAUAAAUCCAUUGAAUCAAGUUGUUGUGAAACAAGAACCAGAUGAAGUGAUGGAUGUAGAUGAUCUACCACCUCCUCCUGAAGAUUUGAAUGGACUCAAACUCGAUCAAGAUGAAAGUGAACUUGAGCUUCAUUUAGCUCUGAAAAAGGCAAGGAAACUCAAACUUAAGGAGAUGAGUGAACAAUCAUCAAGUGUUGAGAAGGUUGCCAAAACUAUUCUUGAUGAGGCAGCAGAAGAUGGCUCUGAACAAGGAGGGUCAAUUGUACUCAAUGCAACAGCUGAAUUUUGUAGAACUCUAGGUGAUAUCCCAACAUAUGGCCUUUCAGGAAAUAGGGAUGAGGAUGCUGAAGAACUGCUGGACUUUGAACGAGAAUUGGUGGAAGAGAAGAACAAACAAGAUGAAGAAGGCAAAAGAGGGGCUUGGAAUGAAGUAGAAAUUGAUGAAAGACCAGUUGAUGUCCUACCAGCAGAAGUUCCCAUUCUAGAUGCAGAACCUGAUGUUGGAGUUGGAGUAGCAGGAGCUCUGCGCUUAGCAGUCAGCAAGGGUUAUCUUGAGAAGGAAGAUAUGAACAAACCGUCAGCUUCUCGUUUUGCUCAUUUGCAGGCGCAGAAUUACUCUAUUGAGGACAAAACCCAUAUAGAUGAUGAUAAGUUUGGGCGACGUGAACGGUAUAAUGGGCCAACUUCAGAGUUUAAAGAAAAGGAUGGAUACAAACCUAAUGUAAAACUUGAUUAUAUUGAUGAUGAUGGUCAUGUUCUGAAUGCCAAAGAAGCAUUCAGGUACCUGUCACAUAAAUUUCAUGGGAAAGGGCCAGGCAAAAACAAAGUAGAGAAACGUAUGAAGAAAAAUGAACAGGAAGGGUUGAUGAAACAAAUGAGCUCAACAGACACACCAUUAGGAACACUGAGUUUACUUCAACAGAAGCAGAAAGAAACUCAGUCAGCAUUUGUUGUCCUCAGUGGAAGCAAACAGGCGACAUCUAUUUCAAAGACAUUGAAGAAGCAUUAGUUUUCAAAGGAGCCUUGUUAAUAAGUGGACUAGAGACAUUUUCAUUUGGCGGUGCACUUUUGAAAUGGAACAUUAUUGUCACUUUGUGAUAUACAUAAUUAUUGACAUUCAUCUUUUGGUGACCAUUUCACCAUUAUUUUAGAGUCCUAAAAAUUGUAAAUAGUAUAAUUAAAAGAUGGAAUUUAGUGGUGUAGGAAAUUGUAAUCAGUGUUACUUGACUGGUUGGAAAGAGAAUUAAGUGCAGUCUUCAUUUCAUUUCAUUGCAUUUCACCAUUUAUUGACCAUUGUAUUUUAGCAUUGCUGAUAUAUAUUGUUUUCUUACUUUGUGAUAUUACAUUCUCAAGUAUAAAGUUGUAUUCAAUUA